ACCCAGCUCAUGCUUGAGCCUCUAGAAUGGAGUUAUAGUUGGUAGCGUAGUUUGAUUGUGCGAAAAUUCGUAGUUUUUUUUUACUGGGUUCUUCCGGUGGAACCCGAUUCGGUGGCCGGGGCUCUGACCAAAUGCGAUUAUGGCGAAGGGUCGGAAAUUGACGACGAGUCGGAGCGAGAGGUUGCUGGGGAGCCACAGCCAGGUUUCGAACGGCGUGGACUUGUCGGAGCUCGGAGAAGAGGACGUGUGGUCCAUGGUCGACAACAUGACCGCCGAGAGCAACAAUUCUCAGGGCGAGUGGAGUCCACGCGCCUCUGGGGAAAGCAACGGGAGCGUGUGGGCGAGGAGUACCCGCCAGCAGCGGCGGAUCCCCCGGGAUGACCGCCAAGUGGGGGGGCUGUCGCUGGCCUUCGAUGACUCCGAGUCUGGGACUUCGUCGCCUAGGAUCGUGCACCAGUUCCGCGGGAACGAGGACGUUUCGGGGGUGACUCAGCGUCAGCGGCACAUGGCCACGUCUGCGCCGGUGAACGUGCCGGACUGGAGCAAGAUCCUCCGGGUCGACUCGGUAGACUCGCUGCACGAGCUGGACCCCCAGUUCGACGACGAUCGCGACUCAGAGAUGGUCCCACCGCACGAGUACCUGGCGCGUGAGUACGCGCGCAGCCGCAAGAUUGCCGCUACCUCGGUCUUCGAGGGCGUGGGCCGCACUCUCAAGGGCCGCGACAUGAGCCGGAUUCGCGACGCCGUUUGGAGUCAGACCGGGUUCGAUGGCUAAUCGUGAAAUGGGUUCAGCUGGUUACUGUUAAUUCCUAUUUUUUUCUUGGGCGAUGAUUCGGUUCGGUCGAGUCGAGUCGGGGCGUGCCGGUUCAACGAGUCAACUCGGCCACGAGUGAGCCCAAGUGCUAUUGGUUCAGAAUUUCUAGUUCUGAUUGAGGUCCUCUUAUUCUGUCCUUGGGGUUAUGGAAUUUGGAAGCUGUGUUGCUCCCAAUUUGUCUUGGUAAUUUCACUGGUGUGAGUGUAGACUUGUGUCAAAACUGUGUGUUAGUGGAAUUUUCAGCUCAUUUGUGCAUCAUUGCCCAAAAAAGAAAAAUAUCUUCUUCUUAUAGCCAAAA